CAAAGGCUUCGUUACUCCGUUUGAACCGAACCACCACGAAGUAACUCGACGCGAUCGGUCGCUGACUAUGUCAUGAUGGCAAUCAUAUAUAAAGGCGGCCACAGGUCAUUACUUCUUUAUACCUCUCCUCCACAAAAUGGCAUCCGCUUCGGUUUCUCAAGGCAGAGUCGCGCUUGUCACGGGCGCUGGACAGGGCAUUGGCCGUGCCAUCGCACUCCGACUGGCAUCCGACGGAUUUGACGUCGCGCUCAAUGAUCUUCAGGCAAACGAAGUGAACCUCGUGUCUGCGCUCGCUGCUGUAGAGGCUUCUGGUCGGAAGGGCUGCUAUGUCUUUGCAGACGUUUCACAGGAAACCCAAGUUGAAGACAUGAUUUCACAAGUCGUUGAAAAACUAGGCGGGCUCGAUGUGAUGGUCUGCAACGCUGGAAUAUCCAUUAUGAAGUCUUUUUUCGACACUACUGUCGAGGACUUCGAUCGUAUAACCUCUGUAAAUCUGCGCGGCACGUUCUUGUGUUACAAGCACGCCGGAAAACAAAUGGUCGCUCAGGGAAGGGGUGGGAGGAUCAUUGGCGCGUGCUCGGGAACCGGGAAGAAAGGUCAGCCGCUGUUUAGUGCAUAUGCGGCCAGCAAGUUUGGUAUACGAGGACUGACCCAGGUUGCGGCUUUGGAACUCGGUCCUCACGGAAUUUCGGUCAAUUCUUUUGCCCCAGGGCCAGUGAAGACACCUAUGUAUGAUCAUUUCGAAACAAUUAUCGGUGCAUCCAAGGGAACUCUUGAGCAAGAGCUUAAUAAAUCAGCGGCUUUGGGUCGUAUUGCCCUGCCCGAGGAUAUCGCAGUUGUAGUAUCCUUCCUUGCAUCUAAGGAGGCAAGUCUCAUCACUGGUCAGACAAUUAAUGUCGAUGGUGGUAUCAUGUUCGACUAAGGGUUGCGUGUGUUCACUCUACGUUAGUUUGUCGGCUUGAUAUGUCAUCAUCGCUACUGUUUGCGAGGGGUUCUGUACUUAGUAAUCGCUCGUUAGUCUCUCAUCCUGUUACUAGAGACAUAUAUCCGCGUUGUAUUGGGAGC